UUGUAUGUAUAUACGCUAUCUCUGUAUAUCCCAAUUUGCCUACGUCAAAGAUGUUCAAUUUCGUAAUAAAGGUUUGAAAAGAGAGACUACCGUAACUUGGGUGAUAAAAAGAAUAAAUAAAUAAAUCUAACAUGCGGCUUUUUUAAAGUAAACAACAAAAUCUUUAUCCAAAGAUCAAAAAUUCAAUAUUGAAUUGUUUGUAAUCAUGUAAAUAAAAAUCAAUAGGAAGGAGUCAGAAAUUGCGAUCCUGGAGAUUAUCCCAUAGAUAUUCAGCAAGCUUUGGAAAGAUCUAUAGAGUUUUAUAAAGGCUGCUAAUGGCAGAGAGUUUAAUGACUAGACUGCAUUUAGUAACCAUGGUAAUGCUCAUGUUUUUCUUUGAAAAUUUGAAAUAGCUGUUCAAUAUUACUAGUGAGAAAAUUUUAAACAUAAAUUUUUAUCAGAGUUUUUCAGGAUCUGCUGCAUAUUUUAUUGGAACACUAUUCAACUAAUUAAGUGGAUGAUUUCAGAUAAUGCGCAUGUUGUCAGCAUAUUUCUUGUAAAUCUGAAUGGAUUAUUUAGAUGGAACAAUGAGGAAACCUUACUAAAUGUUUCAACAAUUAUUAACUCAUUGAUUCUUUUACAAUGGCAAGACAAAAAUAUUAGACAAAAGUUUGUAGCUCAAAACGAACACUUCAAUAUACAGAUAGCCAAUUAGGAGAUGCUAUUAAUGCUUUUAAAAAAAGCAUGGUUGUGUACAAAGCAAGCAAGACAUUUGGAAUUCUUUAUCAGAUGCUUCGUGAUAAAAUAUCUGGAAAAACUUCUCUGAAGAUACAACACUGCGGUUAUGAAUCGGUACUAGGUGAACACAAUGAAAAUAAAUUAGUCAAGUGGUUACUAACAUGCACCAGAAUGGAAUUUGCCAUGUCUGUAGUACAGCUAUUAGAUACUGUGCAAAAACACUUGAAUUCCAACAAAACACAAUUUACUAACAACUGUCCUGCAAAAGGUUGGUUUUAUGCAUUUCUUCGCCGUCACGAACAGUUAUCUCAAAAACCAGUUGAAUACUUAAACCAAGCUAGAGGAGGAGUAACUGAAAAAGCCAUAAGAGAUUAGUUUACUGAAAUUCCAAAGCUUUUAGGAGAAAACGCUCAAUAUUUAAAUGAUUCGAUGCGCGUUUUCAAUAUGGAUGAGAGUGGUUUUUAGUUGUCACCAAAAACUAAUUUAUUAGUUGGUGAACGAGGAAAAAAUACUUAUGAAGAAAGUGCUCGAAGUAAUAAAAAAAGCAUCACCACUUUAUUUGCAGUAAAUGCCAGCGGAACUUUUGCUCCACCAUUAACAAUUUUUAAAUAUGUUCGUCGUCCAAAUAGAAUUAUAAAUACUGUUCCAUCAGGAUGGAGUAUUGGAAAAAGUGAAAAUGGUUGGAUGACAGCAGAAUGUUUUUAUGAGUAUAUUACAAACAUUUUUCAUCCAUUUUUGAUAAAAGAAGAAAUUCCUUUACCAAUUAUUAUUUUAUUUGAUGGUCAUGCGUCACAUUUUUAUAUCGAACUUAGUGAGUUUUGCUCUAAAAAUGGAAUAAUUCUUGUUAUUUUGCAGCCGCUCGAUGUGGCAGUUUUUGGGCCAAUGAAAGCAAAGUGGAAAUCUUUAUGCCGACAAUGGCGCAUUGACCAUGAAGGACAAGAAAUAAACAAUGAAAAUGUACCAGAAGCAUUAAAUUCAUUUAUAAUUGAUCCUUCUAUGGCAAAUAAUGUUAAAAGUGGUUUUAAAAAUACCGGAAUAUUUCCAUUUGAUGCUAAUAGUGUGGACUACACAAAAAUUGUUCAAAGACUAUCUGAGUCAACUGUGGCUUCGACUCCUUAUUUAGAAGAGAAUCAAUCAAGUGUGACUUUAUCAGCUUCCUCUCCCAUAAACUUUAUUGAAAACUUCAUUGACCCAAGUAUUUUAGAGCAGUUUAAAAUAGCUGACGAACAUUUAGGUUGGAAAGGUGACCUUGAAUAUUUCCAGCUGUAUCUUUUUUGGAAAAGAGCCUCAUCUGAAACAUAUAAGACCACAAUUUUACCUGAUGAAAUACAACAGGGUAAUAAAAAUCUAUCAACAACUUGUAAUUUAGAAAAUGUGCAAAUUAUAACCAGUAUGUAAAUACCUGAUUGCAAUAUUGCAGCGGAUAUAGAAUCAAAAGCAGCUUGUUCUAGUUUGAAAAUAGCAGCAGAAAUCAUAAGUCCAAUUGAAAGUGUUUUAAUAUGGCCAAAACAACCAGUCCAAAUGUCCAAGCGCAAAAUAGAAGGUUUACCAUCGGUUGUAAAAUUUGAAACGUGGCAGCAAAUUCAAACAAGACAAAAAUGCAAGAAAAGUCACAAAUAAAUGAUAAAAAAUUAAGAAAGAAACAAUUAGCUGCAGAUAAAAAUUCAAAAAUAGAAAAAGAAAGAUUAAGAA